ACUAAGUUACUCAGCGGCGGUUAUCGGUUUGAUGGACAAGAAAUUGCAUCAUUCGAUGAUCAAGCUAAAGCUGAAUUACGUCAAAUUAUCCGACAAGCUAAAUCGAAAGAUAUUUCAUCGUAUUGUAUUUGUGGUGUAUUUUCACCAUCGUGUUAUGAGCAAGAAUUACAAGCAGCCGAAGUGAUCAAAUCAGAAAUGAACGCCUUGGAUGCAAAAGAGUACUACAUUACAUUAUCUCAUCAGAUUGGUGGGCUCGGCUUAUUUGAACGUGAAAAUGCGUCGAUACUGAACUCCUGUUUAAGACCAUUAGCUAAUUAUACUAUACCGGCAUUUCAAUAUGCUAUACAAAAGAUAGGUAUUAGAUGUCCACUAUAUUUAACUCAGAACGAUGGUACAUUAAUGUCAGCUGAAAAGUGUAUGUCUAUGCCAAUAUUAACAUUUUCAAGUGGUCCAACUAAUUCGAUGAUAGGUGCAUCGCUUCUAUCCUCAAUCAAAAAUGGAAUUGUUAUCGAUAUUGGUGGAACAUCAACAGAUAUUGGAUUUAUCGUGAAUGGUAGACCACGUCUAAGAACGCUGAAUGCAGAAUUAGCUGAAAUUAGAGUCAAUUUUUCCAUGCCUGAUAUAAUCUCUUAUCCACUGGGGGGUGGAACAAUAAUCAAAGUUAGAAAUAAUGAUCAGGUUAGUGUUGGACCAGAAAGCGUUGGGUAUGAAUUAGACACGAAAGCAAUGGUGUUUGGAGGUGAUGUAAUGACAACAACUGAUAUAGUAAUAGCAGCUGGGCUGGAAAAAGAAAUCGGUCGAAAAUCCAUUGUUAUUUCACCUGAUAUAAUUUCAAAAAGCCUUUCUCACAUCUCUUCAAUAAUUGCCACCGGUGUUGAUCGGAUGAAAACAAGUGCAGAGCCAGUACCAGUCAUUAUUUGUGGCGGAGGGUCAAUUUUAGUUCACGGAGACAGCAUUGAAGGAGCAUCCAAAAUUAUUCGUCCUUCUCAUUUUGAUGUUUGUAAUGCCGUUGGUGCAGCGAUAUGCUGUGUUAGUGGAUGUGUUGAAACAAUUGCUGAUCUUCCGCCAUCAUGCGUUGAUGGUCGAAAUUUAUGUGAUGAAGAAUUAGCUCGUUUGACUAGCUCAGCGGUGGAACAAUGUAUUUCUAACGGGGCUAAACCGCAUACAGUUCAAAUAGCUCAAAUUGAACAAAUACCUUUAGCUUAUUUUCCUGGACAUAGACACCGAAUCCAAAUUAAAGCCAUUGGAGAAUUGGACAUUAAUAGGCUAGCACUGACAAAUAAUGAAACUGAAGAGAAUCGCUCGCCUGUUCCUAAUGCACCGAAAUCGUCACUGCCUACAAGUAAUAUGACAUCUCUUUCGAUGAAUAUGGUAAAUAAAGUACCAAAAUUCGACGAAAAUGGAGCAUGGUUAUUAGAUGCAAUUGAUAUUGAAUAUAUUGCUUAUGGAACGGGAAUAUUAGGUAUAUUAGAUUUCUAA